GCCCGGCUUGGGCUGUCAACAACACCCGCUGCUCAUGGCGGAGGCAUUUAAAAACCAACGGAAACCGGCGGCGCGCGGUCAGUGCUUUCAUCACUCAGGCUUACUGAUCUAGUUUAACAAGAACUCAAAAGUAUGCAGAAAACGCCCAAGAGGAAUAAACAGUCAUUUGCUUCCUCUGAGGAACCAGCAGUUCUUCCUCUGGACAAGAAAAAAAGAGAAAGUCAAGAUGACUUUGUAGCACUUUUGCCUCCAGAAGUCUGCUUUCAAAUCUUCAAUGAACUUGACAUUCAGAGCCUGUGUAACGCAGCGAUGACAUGUAAGAGCUGGAAUCAUGCUAUUGAGAAUAAUGACUGUUUGUGGAGAAGUCACUGUUUAACCGUAAGGGCUGUCUGUCAACGAGAGAUUGAUUACGAUCGACUAAAUGGAUAUUCAUGGAAGAUCACAUUACUGAGAAACUAUUGGAAAAGCAAAGUCAAGCAAGAAUGGCUCAGCGGGAAAUAUAGUAACGUUCAUUCACGCAGCAGCUUGCCAGAGAAAAGCAUGUAUCCAAUGGAUGUUGAUACUUGGGGAGAAAUCCUGGAAGCAGAACUAGAGAGAUGAGAAAAUAGUAUAAGGUUCUUAAGUUGCAAGAACCAGCAUCAACAACUCACACAUGACAGACUGCCAAACUGUAAAUAUUUUGCCCUUUAAAUUACUUGUAUUUGCAAACAUGCAGUGAAAGCUUCUCAGAGAAAGAUAUAUUUACAUGACUUUUUUUUUACUUGCACUUUAUCAGAUUGACUUUUUGUAAAAUUCUACGUAAACCUAGAUAUUUUAAUUUUAUAUUGUAAAUUAUCUAUAUUGUUAAACAGAUGUUUAUG